GCGCUGUCAUGUCAGCUGAGUGAUUAUUGAGUUGAGCAAUGGUGGUGUUUUUACAUUUUCGAGAACUAAAAUUAUAAACAGCCAAUCUUACUCGUGUAAUUCUGCUUAACGUGUUCAUAAUCUGUUUAAAGUGAUGAAUAGAAAUACGUGUUAAUGGAUUCUGUUUGAAUGAUUAGCAAUGCUCUAAGGAGUAUUUGCGAGAUUUCUGGACUGCAGUCCAUGGAUACACAAGACAGAUGCAAGCAAUAGUUAUACAAGGUGUAUUAUAAUUUAGCUGUGAAGGUAUAUUAUAUACUGCCACCAUGCUGUAUGUUUUCCAUGUGGACGCUGGUCAAAUGACCACGUAUGACAUGAGCCUCACUUUGCAGAACGUGUCUACUUUAAAACUAGCAAUAGAGAGAAAAUCUAAAGUGUCAGCGAACUCGCUGGUGCUCCUAGUGAGCGGGGGCGAAGUACUGCAGGCAGACCACAUGGUGUCCUCUUACAGUGCUGGCACAGACACUAAUCCUAUUUACAUGUUUAGUAAACCGUCUGUCAAGGAUAGCCAUUUGAAACAGUCCAUGUGCGAUUUAAGCCCUAUAGUGGAGCUAAGUACUGGUGAGUUUUCAAGUGAGUUUCGAAGUGCUUUCGAUGGUAAAUCGGUGGCGGAGCUGAAGGCUGCGGUGGAGAAGUGUUGCGCGCUGCAGCCCAACGUAUACACUGUGAUAUCUUGCGCUUCGCUCGCGCAGCAGUUCAGUGACCUCGCGCUCGAGGUGUCCAGCAGUUGUGAGCAGCUCGUGCAUGAACAGCAUCUGCAGCAUCAAGGCUGGGCGGCCGUGGUUGCGAACUUGGAAGACAUAUUCAACGAAUUUUGUGAGAGAUCACGAAAUUUUAAGGAGUCCUUCAGAAAACAUCGACUAAAAAAGGAAGAAUAUCAUGAAAAGUUAGCAGGGCUCAACGAAGUUUUAGAAUCUCUAGGCAAGAUCCCAAUAUUGCCGGCACUCCAAUUAAACGCGGAGGCUCACAGGUUCUCGGCCUUUGAUGUGUUCGAAGAUACAGAUUUCGAGGGCCCUCACUACAGGAUUACACAUCCGUUGGACAACAGCUCAGAGAAUAAAGCCUGUCAAGAUUUUGGCGUUGAAGCGUUUAAGUUAUCCGACGAGGAUGUGUUCGACCAAAAACUAUCGACAGGCAACGAACCUUCGACCUCCUCAGACCCAGUUCCCCUCGUCGAGGAGUCUGAUGAUGGAGUCACGUUCAAGGCGCAGUCCUACGAGAGUAAGGAGGAACCCUCACUGCUGCACUGGAUACUGGCGCAGGGGAACAAAGCCUCCUUGCAAGAUAUAUUGGAUUACUGCCAGAAGGGAUUGGCUUUGCUCGACGCAGAUCCCUUAAAAGAGAGAGAAGCAGAGCUGUACCACAUUUUGGAGUAUGCCAACAUGCAUGGUCUAAAACAUAUCAAGGGCAUAGAGGAGCGUCUUUACGGGCUGGACCAGCUCUUGAAUGAUGUGAAGAAAUUGGAGAGAGAUCAACGUGAUCAGGCUGCUUCUCUUAUACAGUGUCGAGAGCGUCUAAACACGGCAUGUGACCCAUCCGUCCUGCCCACACUAGUGCAGUCCCACUGGUGUCAGCUGAAGAAGUUGUUGAAGGGACAUCAGCAGCUUAUCGACAUUAGGAGACGGAUUGCCAAGUCGAAAGAUGAGCUCUCACAUAUAUUGAAGGCGCGGUUGGAGGCAGUCCUAAUGAUCGAGAACUCGAUGUCGGUGCAGGAUGCGCACGCGAUGCUAUCGUUCCAGUGCUUCAACCGUCUGUCGCGGUACUUCGGCAUCGUGGCGCAGCUGCACCAAGCGCCGCAGGUCUUCGUCAGAGCUGUGCACGAGGUGUCUAGGAGACGGACCUUCUCACAAGCACAUCUUAAGUGGGCGACAGACCUAGCAGAGAAAUUGCUCAAAAUACACGACGAGGAAAUCAGCAGGCGGCAGGAAUUCAACACAGUGUUCGAAGGUCAUUUCCUCCGAAGCUUGUUCCCGGGUAUGACGGAGUUACCACCAGCGUUCGCUACUCAGGGACCCCCGACCUUCGAUGCCAGUCUGCCGAAGCUGACUGAUGCAGAUGUGGCUUAUAUAGCUAACGCGUUCCCGGAUUUGAGUAAAGAUAUACCUAACUAUGAUAUGGAGUCUACCGUACAGUUCUUCCAACAAAGAAUACGGGCUUCAGAACAUGAAAGUAAAGAUAUUGAUAUUCAAGUGGAUAUGGACAAAGAUUUUGACUCAGUAACGGAAACCGGCGACUUCGAAAAGCUAGGUGGCCAGAGUUCGACACAAAAACAGAAAAUCGACAUCUCCACACUAUGCGUUCCCGAAACUAUGGCCGUGUCGACGGUAACCGAGGAUAACAUGGACACUCAUAAGAUAAACAUGGAGAAACUGCAAGAAUUUUUAAUAAAAGUUUAUUCCGUGUGUAAAGUGAAUAUUGUAUUUAUUGUAGAAGAGUUAUCGAAGUUGAAAGAAGAAGUUAAAGAACAGCAGAAAUUUAUGACGAGUAAAUAUUUAGAGAUAUUGGAAGCUUGGGAGAAGAGUAAUGUUGAGUGUGCGUUGAGGUUCCGUGAGGAGACGCAGAGGCUCACGGUGGACCAUGAGCUAGAACUUAGUGAUAUGAAGGCAGCUCUUAAUGAGAAAGACGAAGUUAUAACGUCCCUUAAAACGGAAACGGAAAACAUUAAAAGCGCACACCAAAAAGAAAUAGAGAGGUUAGAACAAGAACAUCAGGAGACGAAGGACUUGUUAGAAAAGACGAGAGAAGAAAUACAAGGGUUUGAGAAAAAGUUAGAAGAUAUUGAGGCGCAGAAACAGAAGGAGAUCAAAGAGUUGCAAGAGAAAAUGCAUAUGGAUUACAAAGCAGAAAUCGAGUCUUUGCGGUCAAGGUUCCGUUUAGUAGCUCUAACAAAUAUGGACCGUUCGCCUUCCGAAUCGAGUCUCGAAAAAAUCGAGCGCGCUGACGUCAUCGAGAUAUCGAGUCAUACAGCCAUAGUGAUGCAGACUAAAGAAAAUGCUGAAGUGGAAAAAGAAGAGGCAGUAAGAGAAGCAGUGGCUAAAGUGGAAGCCGAAUGGAAGCUUAAACUGGAAGCCGAAGUCGCUGCCAUCACGUCAAAGUAUGACUCGGAGAAACAGCUUUCCAGCUCUCUAUCGACGACGGACGUGUCUCGUCGCCUGCUGUCGGAGAAGGAGCGGCAGCUCGAGGCGCUGCGCGAGCGCGAGGCGGCGCUGCUGCGCGAGUGCGGCAAGUACCGCGCCACCAUACAGCAGCUCACCGACCCCGAGACCAACGACCUCGAUGCGCUGCUGCAGACACAGUUGGCUUCACUAGAAAACGAAAAUUCAGUUUUGAAGCAACAGGUAAAGGAUUUGAAGAAAGAACUGGAAAAGAAAGCCGAAGAAGAUAAAAGCAGAGAAGAUGAUAGUGAUGGCAGAUCGUCUCCCAAAAAGGAUGACAGCAAGAAGUCCCGCAGCCGCUGUCACACACCGUUCGGUCUGUCGGCGGGCACACUGUCGCUGUCGUCGUGUUUACCCGGGCAUACUGUGCUCGUCAUGUGGGAUCCGGCACAUCUUAACUAUACCGUGCUGCAGGAAGCGUCAAUAAUGUAUUUCGUGAACAGCGAUUGUCUACCAGCACUUGACCUCAGCAUACAAGUUAAGAAUGAAAGCGAGAGGCGACUGUACGCCGUCGCCACCGUCGAGUCUAAAGAGUAUUGUUAUGCUAAGAAGAGCGGCAACCGCUACGGCAUGCCUCGCAGCUCGCGGUUCUACCGCGUGCGAGUGCGGCCGCUCCGCGCGCCCGCGCCGCCGCAGCCGCCCUGCUGCGAGCACAGGCACCGCGCCGAUGCGAUGAAGGGCGGCGUGCUGCCGGUGUUCGGUGACACGCGGCUGCUCAAGAAAUGGUUGACCUACAUGCAUGCCCCAGACCCUCAGAAGUCAGUGGACACGAGUCAGUCGACCAGCUCAGCUACAGAAGAGAGUGGAAGAGCAGGGGAAGUGGCGACAGCGACUCUCAUCAACUUGGAGUCGCCGGUGUCAUGCAGCGACCCUGUGUCGGCGGCCUCCGUGCCCGCGCCGAGUGAAGACCAGCUCGAUUCUAUCGAAGCCAGUGACCAGUGGCAGAAUGCUAAGAUGCAUCUGUCUACUAUUAGCGCUGUUACGGACAUGGAGUGCAGCGUGGGCAGAUGCGCGGGCGCAGAGCCGCUGGAGCUGACGGGCAGCGCGGUGGGCGUGGUGCGCGGCGACCCCGCCCCCUCCGAGCUGGCGGAGGAGGCGGAGCCCUGACCCCCCGCGCCAAGCCCCGCCCACACCUAGUACCCACGCCAUACGUCAUACUCUGUGUACUCGCCCGGUACGAGCCGAUACUGCAAACGCUUGAGGCUAGCGUGAACGCGAAACGUGCACAAACAACGCUUAUCAUCGUCAGACAGUAUGGCAGACAUCCAUAAAGACUUUCGUCUCAUUACAACGAGUGAAAUAUGGAAAGAAUUAAUGCUCUCCAUUAAAUGUCUCGCUCUACAGCGGGCUUUAAGCGGGAUUCGUGGCAUGAUAGCACGCUGUGAUCCAACGCAGCUCUGACACGUGGGCUACGUCAAUCAUGUGGCUGACCGUCAAUCAUGUGACUGACUUCAGACAGGCAAUGUUCUUACGUGAAUGAUGCUAGUGACGUAGCAGCCUGAGGUUGCCUGGCACAGCUUGGGCCGCGUCGUCGGAGCAGUAGUGGAGCCGCGAGCCCGCGACGUCUCAAUGUUUCCCUCUCUCUCCUAUAUUCUAUGUGUACUUAGAAUAUAACGUAGAAAUUACCGUGUCCGGUUCCCUUCAAGUUCGUAUCUCAAUUAGGCAGUGAUUUCUUCUCAAUAGUACAAAUUUGUUUAGUCGUGUAAAGCUUUACGUGAUCUUAUGUUGCGAAUGUAUUCGUAUUUUUUAUAUUUCUUAUCGCUACGUUGUGUUGUGUUAUAUUUUAGUUCCUUUACUCCAUUAUUUCAGAUAGAUCAUUUAUUUUCUUAUUGAAUACCAAACUAUGUUAGCUGUUUACUGUAGUAUAGUACUAUUGGUGAUUAUGCAAGUUAUAUUCUAGCACAAAAAUUAAUAUAUGUGGUAUUGCUAACUUGAUUUCAGACUCGGCGCUUUGUUCACAAAUCGACAAAGUGCAUACGUCUUAUAGUUAGAUACGUGUCUAAUAUGGUUAGAGUCACAUUCUCCUUAAGAUUCUCCUACCUUUAUAAGUACUAUCUUGAUAACUAAGUCAUAGUGAUUAUUUAGUAGGACAGUCGUUCCUCUUAGGAAUUCUUCUUACAAUUUGUCGAUAGGCUUCAGCAAUGUUAAUGCUUUAACACUCGAUCUCGCCCUAUUUGACUCUGAACCCUUACCGAAUUCACACUGUAGCUUAGAUACUUAUAUUUAUAGUUUCGCUAGAGUGAAGUGAUCACUCGAGCUGACAGUGGUUCGUUUGUCCCGCACUCCGGUGGGAGGAAGAGAGAAUUAAAAUAAAAUUAUGAAUAGCGAGGCACAGACACUUGCGUCCGAAUAUUGUUUUAGCCUUUCUAACACUAAACUAGAUUCGUUCGAAGCGCAAAUUAUGGUGUUAUAUUGUAAAAUAAGAGAACAUGCUUCACAUUAAAUUUGUUUGUGGCCUUAUUAUAAGUGGCGCCCAACGUGGGGCUACAGGCGUCUCCGACCCAUCGCGUGGCACUGCGCCAGUGCUGCACUAGUGAACGGUUUCUUUAACCAAGGAAAGUUUGAAACCGGUAUAAACCGGUGGGCACCGGGCAGUGCCCGGACUGGGGCGGAGCCGCCGCGCGGCGGAUAGCCGGUUGCUGUGAUAGUGCGUGCUGUGCCCUCCUCUCCCCCCGAGCGGGUUACCGGCACAACUGCACGAAGCUCUGUAAUUAAUGAGUUAGGGGCCUAUUAUUAAGUGUAAAAUUAAUUCUAAAAAUUAGUUGUACGUUCACUUGUGCCGGUAAAACCGCUCGAACAUAAAUCGGCUCCAUUAGCAAUAUUCAGAAUUUAAAGAAAUAUUUAUGACCACGUUACGGUUUUCUUUUCAAAUAUAGUAUUUAGUGUAAACAUUCAUAUCAAUGAAAUAAUUUUCCGUUACAUAGAUUCUCAAUAUUUACUGUAAUAACUUGUUGAGACUGCAGGAGAUUGUUGUGGUCGACUAGUUCCCGAGCCUUGCAAUACGCGGGUGUGGGUCCCGCUUCAGUCAAUCAUGUGCAAUACCGACCCGGCUAUUGCAAGGCGCUGCAAUAUUAACGCAAUCGUUUGUAAAUAAUUGUUUGAGAUAUCGUUAUAGGUACCCAUAAUUGUGUCGAAUUUAAAUAAGUUAUGAUAUUUCGGUAUCAGCUAAAAUUCUUGAUGGAAGGACGGAUAUCGGUUUAUGAAGUUGAGGACUGCUUGUGUUCGUUGUGAUGGAUCAGUGGGUAUUGUCGCGUAGUUAUGUUUGUGCUGGACACGAAUAAACUCAUUUGCAAUGAAUUAGGUUUGGGUUGCGGACUGUGUCGUCAAAAUUAUGGUGUCGUGUAACGUGUCAUUAUGAAGGUUUUUGGAAUGUUCUGCAAAUGCAUACUAAAAUCGUGCGAUCGCUUAAUGGACUAUUUUGUAGUGACCAAUUUUAUUGUUAGAAAUUAAAAAUGUAAAAUUGACAAUUUUAAUGUAAUUUUUAUAUACAAUAAAUAGACCAUUUUAUACAAA